CCCGCCUAGAGGCUAUCGACGGGCUGUGUUUACAUGAGUCUGCAUAGGAAGCCGGUGGUGUAGUAGUUUGUAUCGUAUUUAUACCAUGAUUUUGUCAGUGUUGGACGCUUUUAAAGCGAGUGUAGGCUUUGAAAGGCCUAUCCGCGAAGGUGAGGCUGUAUUGGAAGCCGGGUUUAUCGUUGCUAUCGGUAAGAAGGCCAAAAACGGUGAUGAACUCCACAUCCAAGCUCUGGUUCUUCGCACCACCGGCGUGUCAUCAAAAACUCCGUAUGUUAUUGAAGUUUGGGUUGAUUUAUCGAAACAACCCGGUGCUCGUGUCACUAAAGACUCGUCCCCCGAGUGCCAAUGUCCUGCUGGAGCCUCAGAAAAGUGCAAACAUAUAAUGGCAGUCCUGCUGUAUCUGGCCAGGUAACCUUACUGCUUAUGAAAGUUCUCUUUAUUUCACAAGUAACCAAAGGCCCUAAAGAUAAAUUUCUAAUUAAAAUUUCUUUGUGUUUUAGAAUUGAAGAGUCUGAUUUAGAUGAGCUUAGUUGCACCGAUAUUGAGCAACAGUGGGGAGCCCUGAAGUCAUCCUCAUUAAAGGAGUACGAAGCCAAGAAACUCACUGAUCUAUGUCACGUCAAAGCUAAGAGAGAUGUUUAUGUUUCCAUCUUGCCAGAAGUCACCAAAGAGAUGGAAAAUAAGUGGAGAGAGGCACUGACAAAUUGUAAGAAAUUCUCGUAAGUUAUGUUUAAAUUAUA